GAAAUACAGCUUACUCGAUUUUGUGGAGAUUUGGGAAACGUAAUGGCCGAGUAUGUCAUAUCUCAACUCAUCUCAUAUGAGAGGAGGUUUCGGUAUGCGAAUUUGCUCCAAGAAAAAAAAAUUUGGAGUCUUACUGAGUUUCUUACGUAUAGAUCAUUAAAUAAGAAAACAAUUGGUAUUUUAGGUUUGGGAAUUAUUGGAAAACAAGGUUUACUCUCAAGUUAUUAUUAUUUACGUCAUAUUUAUAGAAACAAUUGGAUUGAUGGGGCUAUUCUUGAUGUAUUUCAAAAAGAACCACUCUCAAAAGACAGUGAAUUGUGGUCAAUGCCAAAUGUUAUAAUUACACCUCACGUAGCUGCUGUUGCUGACAAAAAUGAAGUAUUGUAUUUUGAAUUAAUUUUUUAA